GAAAUGUGCUGCUUGAUGCAAGGGAAGCUGUCGUAGACAAUGUUGAUAAAGUUAUGGAGAACAUGAUGCAGGGCAAUAAGAUCAGACGAGUUGCAGCUACUCGCAUGAAUGAGAGGUCAUCUCGAUCACACACGAUUUUCCGGAUUAUUCUGGAGUCGAAAGAUGCCAAUCAGAAAGAUGGACCUGUACAUAUAAGCUACCUUAACUUAAUGGACUUAGCUGGUUCUGAGAGAGUUUCUCUGACGAAAGCUGCUGGUGAGCGUCUUAAAGAGGGGGCUAACAUAAACAAAUCUUUGUCAGUAUUAGGAAAUGUGAUAAGGCAACUAAGCGAGGGGAAGGAGUUUAUCAGUUAUCGCGAUUCGAAAUUGACUAGACUGCUCUCACAGGCUCUUGGCGGUAAUGCCAAAUCAUUGAUUAUCGGGAAUAUCAGACCAAUGAUCCACCGCGAAGUAGCCGAUGGUCUAGAGCGUCUUUGGAACGUAAGAGUAAACUGCAUAUGGGAAGCCGAUGAAAGUAGUCGCCAUGGAGAGGUUUAUAUAUUCGACCAUGUAUUUAAGCAGGAAUGUACAAAUUCAGAUGUAUAUGGAUCUGUAGUAAAACCUUUAGUCGAUUCCUUCAUGGAAGGUUUCAAUGCCACAAUAUUUGCAUAUGGCCAAACAUCUUCUGGCAAAACACACACCAUUUUGGGCAAUAAAACAGAUCCUGGGCUUUUCCAAUUAGUAUCCAAUCAGUUAUUCCAGCAUGUGGCAGACCAGGUUGAUAAGAGGUACUUGAUUAGAUGCAGUUAUAUUGAAAUCUACAAUGAAAAGAUCAAUGACCUCCUGGAUAAGAGCAAUCAGGGUUUAACUAUAAGAGAAGAUAUCAAAGGAAAUGUGCUGCUUGAUGCAAGGGAAGCUGUCGUAGACAAUGUUGAUAAAGUUAUGGAGAACAUGAUGCAGGGCAAUAAGAUCAGACGAGUUGCAGCUACUCGCAUGAAUGAGAGGUCAUCUCGAUCACACACGAUUUUCCGGAUUAUUCUGGAGUCGAAAGAUGCCAAUCAGAAAGAUGGACCUGUACAUAUAAGCUACCUUAACUUAAUGGACUUAGCUGGUUCUGAGAGAGUUUCUCUGACGAAAGCUGCUGGUGAGCGUCUUAAAGAGGGGGCUAACAUAAACAAAUCUUUGUCAGUAUUAGGAAAUGUGAUAAGGCAACUAAGCGAGGGGAAGGAGUUUAUCAGUUAUCGCGAUUCGAAAUUGACUAGACUGCUCUCACAGGCUCUUGGCGGUAAUGCCAAAUCAUUGAUUAUCGGGAAUAUCAGACCAAUGAUCCACCGCGAAGUAGCCGAUGGUCUAGAGCGUCUUUGGAACGUAAGAGUAAACUGCAUAUGGGAAGCCGAUGAAAGUAGUCGCCAUGGAGAGGUUUAUAUAUUCGACCAUGUAUUUAAUCAGGAAUGUACAAAUUCAGAUGUAUAUGGAUCUGUAGUAAAACCUUUAGUCGAUUCCUUCAUGGAAGGUUUCAAUGCCACAAUAUUUGCAUAUGGCCAAACAUCUUCUGGCAAAACACACACCAUUUUGGGCAAUAAAACAGAUCCUGGGCUUUUCCAAUUAGUAUCCAAUCAACCAAUGAUCCACCGCGAAGUAGCCGAUGGUCUAGAGCGUCUUUGGAACGUAAGAGUAAACUGCAUAUGGGAAGCCGAUGAAAGUAGUCGCCAUGGAGAGGUUUAUAUAUUCGACCAUGUAUUUAAGCAGGAAUGUACAAAUUCAGAUGUAUAUGGAUCUGUAGUAAAACCUUUAGUCGAUUCCUUCAUGGAAGAUCCUGGGCUUUUCCAAUUAGUAUCCAAUCAGUUAUUCCAGCAUGUGGCAGACCAGGUUGAUAAGAGGUACUUGAUUAGAUGCAGUUAUAUUGAAAUCUACAAUGAAAAGAUCAAUGACCUCCUGGAUAAGAGCAAUCAGGGUUUAACUAUAAGAGAAGAUAUCAAAGGAAAUGUGCUGCUUGAUGCAAGGGAAGCUGUCGUAGACAAUGUUGAUAAAGUUAUGGAGAACAUGAUGCAGGGCAAUAAGAUCAGACGAGUUGCAGCUACUCGCAUGAAUGAGAGGUCAUCUCGAUCACACACGAUUUUCCGGAUUAUUCUGGAGUCGAAAGAUGCCAAUCAGAAAGAUGGACCUGUACAUAUAAGCUACCUUAACUUAAUGGACUUAGCUGGUUCUGAGAGAGUUUCUCUGACGAAAGCUGCUGGUGAGCGUCUUAAAGAGGGGGCUAACAUAAACAAAUCUUUGUCAGUAUUAGGAAAUGUGAUAAGGCAACUAAGCGAGGGGAAGGAGUUUAUCAGUUAUCGCGAUUCGAAAUUGACUAGACUGCUCUCACAGGCUCUUGGCGGUAAUGCCAAAUCAUUGAUUAUCGGGAAUGUUACUUUAGCUGCAGAGGAGGAGACUAGAUCUACACCAGAAUUCGCCCAAAGCACUAAAACUGUCAAAAAUAAAACGAAAGUAAACAUCUUGUCAGCUACAGAAGAGACACUUCAAGGAUAUCAGAACUUGACUCGCGAUCUCGAAACUCGGCUCAAAAAGCAGGCAAUUAAGCUAAAAGAGAUGGAUAAAAGCAAACAAGAGUAUCUGCUCGAGAUAGAAAGACUAAAAACGGAAGUAUCUAUUGUCGGGCGCUUUCAAAUGGGAGCCUCGGCAUCAACACCGAAAAAAACAUUAAGACGUCAUACUUUUGGACACUAUGGCAACGUAUCACCUAAAAAAGCAUCCCUAGGGUAUAUGCCAUUGAAAAAUUAUCCACCCAAAGAAGAAUCAUCCGGACGUGAAAUGAGGCCUAUUCAAGAAGAGACAUAUGAGGAGGCACUAGCCGAAGCAGAAUCUGUGAUAGCUGAAGACGUGCAAGUGUACUUAAAAGACAACUCAAAGAACUGGAAGAAUCUUUCAAUGAGCUUAGAGAAUUCACUAAACUAG